UUUUUGAAAUUGGAACGAAUUUGGCAAGAAAAUUAAUUUCGUCGCAAACUUUUCCCUAGCCCGAUGACCUCUAUUCUCUUCCAUCUUCACAUACCGUUGGCAGCGGCGGCGCAGCUCUUCCGAGGCGACGAUUUCCGUCAGAUCGACAAAUCAUCAAUUGGUAGUGAUGAUGAUGAGUAUUGGCAGAAGAAGGAUCUAUGAACUCUCCUUGCGGUCGAGUCCUGCUACUUCUGCCAACUUCUUGCGAAAUCCUUUCCCUGGCAUUGUGUAUUCAUCGACUAAUGAUGAUUCUACACAACUACUUUUCUUUCAUUCAACCCUUGUUGGCAAUGUUAGAGGGAUUACCUGUGGUAUUUUAGAGACUUCAACUUUUAAAAUUCAGCAACGGGAACAUGGUGCAUCUUUCUCUAAUACUGCCAUAACAUUUUUGUCAUCAGUGGCAAAUAAAGAUGAUGUUCAAACUACAGAUGCUCCUAUUCUUACUAACCUGGACCAGAGCUUGGUACUGGGUCAUGAUGAGAUACUUGAAACGGUAGAGGAGUUAUAUAAAAAAAUACUCAUGUCUAUUGAAGCUCGGACUAUGUCUCCAAAUGCUUGGUUAUGGUCUCUAAUAAGUAAAUGUUCAACCAGAGAUGAUAUAAAGCUUCUCUUGGAUGCAUUACACAAACUUCGUAUAUUUAGGUUAUCCAACCUUCGGAUACACUCAAAUUUCAAUUGUCAUCUUUGUAUGAAGGUGUCUGAGGCAUGCGCUCGUGCAAAUGCCCUUGAUUAUGGGUUAAAGACUUUAUGGAAGCACAAUAUCUACGGUUUAGCUCCAAGUAUCGGUUCUGCUCAUUAUUUACUGUCAUAUGCCAAGGAGCACAAUGACGAUCAGCUUAUGGUAAAGAUUAUGCGGAUUCUAGAAAGGAACUCAUUGCCACUUCAAGCAGGUACAGCAGACAAAGUAUUCAGGUAUUAUGAUAGUACACAAUUUCUGUUGUCAUUCAAUCUGCCAGAAACGAAGAAGCCACAAGUAGCAGAGGAACUGCAUAAACUGGUUAGUCAAUGGCCAUUGGACAUUAUAAAGAUUCAAAACAAGGAAAACAAACAGGCACUAGCUGAAUCGUUAAACAGAGACAUCCCUGCGAUGCUCAACUCCUUAAUAAGUUUAGGGCUUGAUGUUCCUGUGGAUGCAAACAAACUCAAUCCACUGGAAACAUGAGUUACAAUCUCGGAUCGACUUUGGUGCUUGCAAUUAAACUGGAGAAACCCAUCUACAUCCAUAGCUCCUAGUGCUAAUCAGAGCUUUCAAUUUUAGAUCUUAAUGCAUGCAAAUGAAAAUAAUUCUGUAGCUUCGCGUGUUGCGUAUCUUCAGUGGUAGCAAUAACAAGCAAAAUUAGUCGCAUAGCAAAUUUGAGCAGCAGGUCCAGAUUAUAUGGAUUUUCUUGGGAUGAUUCUAUAUAUGGUGGUGACAUCCAAGGGCCCCGGACCUAAAUAUUGAUAUCUUUAUUGUCAUGGCUUCUCAAUCCCCCAA